AUGGAGGGCAAAAUUUGCUUUGUGCCUGGCUGCAAAUCAGAUAUUAACUCCCCCCCUCCGAGAGUGAACAAAACCAUUAGAAAAAAUCGCUAUUUUUUGCCCAAAAACCCACCUUCCGUGAGUGAACAAAAAUUUUUUUAAUAGAAAAAUUUUUAUGGAAAAAAAUUUUGAUAUAUAAAUGAUAAUUAGUAUAAUGAAAUAUAGAGCUAAUUCUGUUUAAUUUUAAACAAAUUGCGUUUUUAAAAUAUAAAUUUUAUAAAUUAAAUUAAUAUUUGCUUCCCAAUUUUUGCAAAUUAGGAUUUUUUUAAAUUUCGAAAAAAAAAUUUUCUAUAAAAUUUAUAUAUAAUUUUUUUUUAAAAAAAAAAAAUUAACCCCCCGUGACUGAACAAAAUUUUUUUGUUCACUCACGGAGGGGAGUAAGUAUUUUUGCGACUGCACUUCCCCUGAAACUAAUAUGUGUGAGCUUCACGCAGAAGAGCAUCGAAAAUUUCAUUAUAUAACUUCUUCAUCAAUGUCUAAUUCAAGUCUCAAUAAAGAAGCGAAGCAAGCAGUUCUUGAAUUACUUAUUCCCCCCUCCGUGAUCUAACAAAAAAAUUUUGUUCGCUCACGGAGGGGGUUAAUUGUUUUUUCUAAAAAAUAAUAUAUUAAUUUUAUAAAAAAUUUGUUUUUAAUUUAAAAAUUGAGAAGCAAAAAUUAAUUUAAUUUGUAAAAUUAUGCUUUAAAUGCAGCUGUUUAAAAAUUAAACAGAAUUAGCAAGAGAUUUUAUUAUAAUAAUUUCAGUUAUAUAUUAAAAUUUUUUGUUCACUCACGGAGGGUGGGUUUUUUGGAUUUUUCCAGUGGUUUUGUUCGCUCAAGGAUGGGGGAGUUAGAAAAGAAAUUACUAAAAGAAAUAAUCUAGAAAAAAAAAUCGUGAACUCCUACUCCCAAAGCUUUUCAAGUCACGAAAGCAGCCUAAAGCAGUCCCUUGAUAUUCUGAAAUCUGAGUCUUCUAUAUUAUAUCGCUAUUUUGAAAAGAUUAAUAAAACUCAAAGUUUAUCAGACACUGAGCAAGAUCCAGAUUUAAAUCUAUUAGCUUUACAGCCAAAUGAAGCUGUUAAGAAAGCCAAAAAAAUUAUUCCAAGAAACCCAAAUGUUUCUAGACAUCCGAAACCAUUUGACUUUUGGGAGAUUGAAAUGCUCUGCAAAAAUAAAUUUUAUGAAAUAGAUAAAAAGCUGCAAGCUCUAGAGGAUAAGGCAAAUUUAAAUAGCAAAAGCAUUAUAGACCAUGACAAUAAUAUAUCUCAUCUAAUGAAUUUAACAGAGGAAACCAACCGAAAUUUUACCAGCUGAAAAGAAGAAAUUAUAUUGAAAAUGGAAAAUUAUACAAACUUGGAAAAUUUUCAGUUAAAACAAGCUUCUGAGAUUGAAAGCUCAAUUUUAAAAAUUGGGGAAAAAAUAAAACUCAUUGAAAAUUUAUUUGCAGAGUUCAAAACAAAAGAACUAAAAGCUGAAAAAUCUCAAAUUUUGGAAAAAAAUAUUGAUAGAGAUAUAGAAAAAUGCUUUACUCCCCCCCCCCCCUCCGUGAGCGAACAAAAAAAUUUUGUUCGCUCACGGAGGGGGGUUAAAUUUUUUUUUUUUAAAAAAAAUUUAUAUAUAAAAUUUUAUAAAAAAUAUUUUUUUCGAAAUUUAAAAAAAUCCUAAUUUGCAAAAAUUGGGAAGCAAAUAUUAAUUUAAUUUGCAAAAUUUAUGUUUUAAAAACGCAAUUUGUUUAAAAUAAACAGAAUUAGCUCUAGAUUUCAUUAUACUAAUUAUCACUUAUAUAUCAAAAUUUUUUUCCAUUAAAAUUUUUUUCUAUUAAAAAAAUUUUUGUUCACUCACGGAGGGUGGGUUUUUGGUCAAAAAAUGGCGAUUUUUCUAAUGGUUUUGUUCGCUCACGGAGGGGGGGGGGGAGGAGUUAGAACGACAUUAUCUUUGUUCGAAGAUAAUUGAAAAAGCAUCUGCUAUUCAAAUCCAGCUUUGUUUCAAGCUCAUCAAGACCUUAUUAAAGCUUACAACCAAAAAACAUCACUAUAUCUUACCACAAAUAUUGAAAGCCAAACAAAUUUGCUUAUAGAAGUUUCCUAUGUUUGGCGCUGUAAGGCCGAUAAAUUCUGAUCGGAAUUUAUCGGUUGGUUGCACCAAAUCAAUGCCUUGGUCGGACCAAAAAGCGAUUUGGUCCGACGAACUUGGAAAGCUCCUGGGAAAAUGUCUGCGCUUUCAGCGCUAUAUAGAGGAAACCUCUAUAUUUAUGACACUGAGAAUAGAAUUCAAGAUAAAAAGAAAAUAGAAACUCCCGAGCCCUUAAGCAGUGGCACAUGUAUAGCUCAGCUUCCAAAUGGUGAAUUAUUCUGCUUUGGAAGCUAUCCUCCGUCUAAUAUUUCAUUAACAAUUGAUGAGCAUUAUAAAUUUCGCAUUCUCCCUCCUGGAAAAACAUGCUCUUGGUCAUCAGCUGUCUUUUUCAAAGGAAGCGUUUAUUGCUUUGGAGGUCUCAGUAAUGGUAAGUUCUUAAAUCUAUCUGAAAAAUUUGAUUUACGAAAAAAUAAAUGAAUUGGGUUAAAGCCAUUGCCUGAGAUCGACUACAAAUGCCAUUCCAUAGUAUUUAAUGAUGAAAUUUUGAUUUCUGGAUAUAAUAGUGAAAAGCUAUUACGGUACAAUAUAAAAUCAAAUACUUUUGGGAAAAAAAUUCCUUAUAAAUUUACACCGAAUAUGAGAAAAAUUUUGAUAAAUGGAGAGAGAUUGUAUUUAAUUGAGUGUAGAGGAAAAAUCUACGAGAGCGAUAUUUGGAAUGAAAAAGUUUGGAGAAAAGUAGGCCAAUUACCAAUUAUUGGCUGUCCUAGUCAAGUUUAUUGUGCAUAUAAUAGUGGAGUAAUAUAUAUUGGAUGCAGAAAUGAUGUGGAUAAAUAUUAUUCUUUUGAUAUGAAUCUAAGAGAGAUUAGUGAGCUACAGUAA